CCAGACUGCGCCUGGACACCGGUGCAAACUGCAAAGACACUUUCCUUACUGUUCCCAGUCGUGACUGUUACGGACGUCUGCCGAAUCAGCAGCCUGAGAGCCCGGACGCAUGGAGCACCAUGAGUACUAUCAGUGCCUUUCCUUUCGCACCCAGGACCAGCGACUCGAGCGACCCCGAGGGCAGAGAAAUAGCUGCUGGAAAGCGUUAAAAACCGUCGUACGUCAGUGAACCUAAUUACCUUGGGUAAUGUUGUCUGGGAGACGCUUUCAGUCACUGAUCAACUCUAUUAGCACUUCAGCUGUUUAUCACGAGUUUUUUCACAUUUGGACUACACUUUAACCAGCAUUGAGAUAUUUAUGGAUAUUCUAAUAACCAUUCAUUCAUUAUAGAAUAACGAGCAAGAUGAAUUUAGGGGGUAAAAAAGAGAAAUAUGAUCAAGCGCCACAGCUCGACUCUUCAAUUCUCGCGGUGUUUGGACCCUGAAUUCUCGCGAUCGACUGCUAAUUCCCAAAGCGAAGACGUGAAAUGGAGAGAUGAGGGCUGAAAAGGAGCCUACAACGGGAAGCAGAGACAGAGGAGUCGUAGAGAUACAGCUGCGGGACGCUCAGAGGGACCAGGACAGCGCCACGGCCAAUUUGAAGCACAAAGAGGAGAAAAAGGAAAUCUUCACCAAGGUUGUUAUUCGACGUCUUCCACCCAGCCUAUCAAAAGACCAGCUUGAGGAGCAUCUCAGUCCACUGCCUUCUUAUGACUAUUUUGAGUUCUUUCCUGCUGAUCAAAGUCUGUAUCCACAUCUUUUCUCCAGAGCAUACAUCAACUUUAAAAACCCAGAGGACAUUGUUCUAUUCAGAGAUCGUUUUGAUGGUUAUGUUUUUAUUGAUAAUAAAGGUCAAGAGUAUCCAGCCAUUGUAGAAUUUGCACCUUUUCAGAAAGUUUCCAAGAAGAAGCUCAAGAAGAAAGAUGCCAAAGCAGGAAGCAUUGAAGAAGAUCCAGAAUACAAACGAUUUCUGGAGAACUACUCUUGUGAUGAGGAGAAGUCAAUGGCCAAUCCAGAAACAUUACUGGGAGAAAUUGAGGCUAAAACAAGAGAGCUCAUAGCUAAAAGAACAACACCACUUCUGGAAUACAUUAAGAACAAGAAGUUGGAGAAGCAGAGAAUUCGAGAGGAAAAAAGGGAGGAGAGGAGGCGCCGAGAACUGGAGAAGAAACGUCAAAGAGAAGAGGAGAAAAGGAAGCGUAGAGAAGAAGAGAGGCGAAAACGCAAAGAAGCAGAGAAGCAGAAGAAACUAUCUGAAAAGGAUAUCAAAAUCAAGCUUUUGAAGAAAUGUGACAGGGAUGAUGAAGUGGAAUCAGAGAGACUGAAAGAUAAAGGAGACAGUGGUGAGACAGAGAGGAAUAAGUGGGAGAAACCUGUAGGCCACACCAAGGCAAAGGAACCUAAAGACAAAGUUCAGCUGGAGAGUGAUAAGGAUCAGCGAGAUGGCCACAGUCGCAGACAGAGAGAUAAAGAUCAGAGGGGCAGAGAGGAGGACCGUAAGCGACAAAGGCAUCACUAUGAGUUUGACAAGUUCAUGCGCCGCAAGGAGGAGACCAAAUGGGGCAAAGGCUACUGUCAUGACCGGGCAAAGAAAGAUGGCCACCACCAUGGCUACUCGUACUGCCCUGAGAUGGGGGAUAAGUCAUGCAAGGAGGACCGGGAUGACAUGGGGAGCAGAAAAGAACGUAUUCGUAAUAAGUCUGUAUUAGUGCAUCAGGAGAAAAGGACCUCCCAGUCUGAGGGGCCAGACCAGAUAGGAGGGGCUCUGCCAGCCAAGGACCGACCAGCCAUGCAGCUGUACCAGCCAGGAGCCCGAAACCGUAAGCACAUGGGAUCUGGGAAUAAAGGCUUUGACUUCAGCCAGCUCUCUCCGGAGCCAAGCACCGAACCCUGCUAUGAGCUGACCAUAGGAACAGGCUCUGAGAAGUGUGCAGAUGGGUGACAGAAUCAGCAUUCUUCAGCUCAAGGGAAGAGGCACUGUAGCAUGUCUUGAGAAUAAACCUCUUCAGUCUCAAAGUGCUCUGUCCGUAUUUCCAUGCACUGGGUCAGCAGUAUGUUAAAAUCACAGGUUAUUUUAAUGUUUAUAGAUUCCUCUGUAUGUUUGAGUUUCAUGUCAUUGAACACUGCCUCAUUGGAUUCACAUUUUUUUACAUUUUCACAACACAGGCACUUAUCAGAUGUUGUUUGUUGAGCUCCACUCUAAUGAUCAAACGCCUCUUCAUUUACAGAGAUCAGAUUUCUAUAUGCCUUUUGUAGUGAAUCCUAUAGAUUCUGUUACACGAGAGAGUUUAUAGAUAGUGUAGUACAGAUAGUGUACAGAUUUUACUGUAAAAAUCAUAAGCAUAUGUUGUGAAAUGCAUAUUUUUAAUAUAUCAAAUAUAUGUUACUGUUGUGCGACUGCAGAGUAGGUUCAUAAGAGAAACCAAUAAAAAAUAUGAGUGCAUAUGCACAUUACUUCUUUUAUCCUGGAUGUAUAAAGCACUUAAUAAAUUUAAUAAUUCAGCAUGUACCUCUCAAUUUUAGAUAAUAAUACUACAUAAUAAUUCCUGAUCUUUUAUAUGGCUUUUUGCCCUCUUGUGGUACUGCAAAAUUGAGCCUAGCUAGCCAGA